AUGAGGUUCGUCAGCUUCUAUCUGCGGGUACUAGCCGACGAAGAGCAGCAGAUUGUGCGCUUUGGAGAGCAGCAGAAUGCAGCCGCUUAUGCAGAAAGCUGCUCAGCAUCAGGCAGCGAGGAGGACAGCGAGGAGGACAGCGAGGAGGACAGCGAGGAGGACGAUGACGGCAAGAGCAGUAAAGCUGAUAGCGACAGCCCGCGGCCCCGACGUACAACACGCAAUCAAACGCAGCUAGAUAGGGUGAAAGAUGCAC